UGCAAAAUAAUCACAAAACUGGCAUGCAAAACAGUGAACGACUUGGAGAGAUCUGUUUGAGUGCAUUUCUGGACGCGGCAGAGGAUCGCGUGUUUGUACAUGCGAGAUAGCAGUGUCGAACUGUACCAGCAGUCUUUCUAUGGAUUUAUGCAGCAUCUGACGCCCCUGCUGUUUCUGAUAGCGUUGCUGAGGCGCCGCGUGGAGGGUAUGAGAUGCCUCGGACGCGCAGAAAGGCUGCUGCAGCUGCAAAUGAGAAAAUUAAGCACCUGACUGGACCAGAAGCUGUGGAAAGUAAAGACCUGAAGGAUGAAAUUGUCAUAAGAACUCCAGGGCACAAGAAAAAAGCCAGCCUUCUGCUGCCACCACCACCCACAGCUGAGGAUGUGCGGAAGUUUAGCAGGUCUAAUAGUCCAAAGCCUGUGGAUGAUAGUAUUUGUGAGGAGAUAGACACACCACCCUGUCAAUUACCAUUGUCUUCAAAUGACCUGCUGCUGGACGAUAAGUUUGUGCUGAGCGCGCUGAGCGUGCACGAGUUCCUGCGCGUGUUUGGGCGCGUGCUGCGCUUAGCACCGUUCCGCUUUGAAGACCUGUGUGCGUCGCUGGUGGUGGACGAACGCUGCUGUCUGUCGGCCGAGGUGCACAUCAGCCUGCUGCGAUGCUUGCUGGCCGAGGACGACCUGUGUUCGGUGGAGUACGCCCCCAGUGAAGAGCACGACAGUGUCAAUGUUCACUGGGCCGUCAUCGACGCCAUGACGUGGCCGGCGUGUUUGCUCACCUACUUGCGCGCAGACCCGGACUUCAUGAAGAAGCACCCGUCGCUAGGCGACAAGCGCUCGUCGUGGCAAAACUACCCGAUAGUGUCGCCACGGUACCGCGUGGACGUGCUGAGCUUCCUGUGUGCGCGUGCGUCCGAGACGGCGCUCAUACACCAGUGCGUGAACGUGGACAUGCAGUUUGAGAGCGAGGACUAUUGCCGAUGGUGCGGUCGCCUAGGCGACAUGGUGUGCUGCGAUCGCUGCCCGGCCGUGUAUCACCUGCAUUGCCUGAAGCCACCGCUGGCUAGCGUGCCGGAAGGUGAUUGGACGUGUCCGACGUGUGUAGCCAUUGGGACUAGCGGUGUAGUCAGCAGUGCCGGUGGUGGGAGUGAUGCGGUGGUGUUGACAGCACUGAGGCACUCGCCCAUCGUAGUGGACAAGUGGGGCAGGCGCUAUUGGCAUCUGGCUCGCCGUGUGUUCGUUGAGACACGUGGUGGUGACCUGGUGGCCUACUACAGCGCUGAGAGUCACUUCCAGGAACUGAUGACGUCAUUACGUGAUAGCGGUGACAAUACCACCGUGGAGCAAUUGGAGGAACUGUCCGAAACCAUCGUUGUCGGCAUGCAGCAGACGCAGCUGUGGAUAGAAGCAGCGCGGCUUCUCCCAGUAAGCAAUCGUAUACGUGUCCCACCCAAGAACGCUCCGUCACCGACUACCAGCAGCAUCACACCGCCUGCCUCUGGCAAUCAUCCCUCCAGUCUAGUGGCGUCGGCGACGGCAUCGAGCACGACUACCGCAACUGCAGCGGCGGGGGCGGCGCCGGCGGUGGCGAGUACUUGUACCGUUGGUGCUGCUGCUACAGUGACGUCAUCCGUAGCAGCAGCGUCGUGCACAACCGCCUCGAACGCCACUACUGCCACCACCGCCGCCGUUAGUACUGUAACGUCUUCUGUUGUACUCCGGUCACCGCCACCGCCUGCUGCUGCUGCUACCUCUGCUCCGGCAGCCGUGAAUGGUGGUGCUAUGGCAACGCCGUCAGUGGCUAUCACAGCUGCUACUACCACCGCCACCACUGCCGCCAGCACCAGCACCAGUGCUCCUCCUGCUGCUCACGUACCCAUAACCACGCAAGCCCUCGUCACGGCAAACGAGCUAACGGCCGAGGAGAGGCCCGUCACGACCAACGCCGUAGCGCAGUCCAACACUGCCGUAACACCCACCACCGCCGCAGCCAUAGCAACACCCGUGUCUUCCGUUGCCUCGGUAACCGCUGAACGCAUGGAUACUGGCAUUGCGGGUGCUGCGCCGGUUGAGUCUAGCUGCAGUCCGACUGUGGAAGGUGCGAUGUCCACGUCCAAUCCUGUCAUGGCAACGAAUGCAUUGUCUACAGCGACAUCAUCAUUGUCACAAGCAACUACAACUGCUAGUCAUGGUAGUGAUGGUGCUACUGCUACUACUGCUGUUGCUGUUGUUGUUACUAGUGAUGGAGGAGUCAACUCAGCUACUGAACAGCAGACAACAACACCAUGCCAAAGUGUAACGGCCAAGACGGGUGACAGCACUACCACCAGCAGCAGCAAUGCUGCUGUGUCGACGUCAUCAGCAUCUUCUCAAUCCCAUACAGAUGUCACCAGCGUAUCUGUGCAGCCUAGCAACACCGUCUCCACUCCUAGUGUGUCGGCGGCAGCACCUCCAUCCACUUUGCCAGUGUCUUUGCCAGCAGCACCUCUGGCAUUGUCCCAGCCAACACGCACACCAGCCAUGUUUUGUCUGGGAACGGAGGGCCACUAUCGACAGUACACUAAUAUUUAUGCAUUAUCCAAACAGGCCCUUGGCAAGCUAGUGCACACGGAAGACAACGAGCAGAAACGUGCCCGUUUCGGAGGCUUCAGCCAGCACGCCAUGGCCUGGUCGGGCGCGACGACCGGUAGCUUAGCAGCCAUGGCAGUAACGUUACGCCAGUCCAUCUUGCACAUGGAGAGCUCGCUACCGAUGGUUGCCAAGUGCUCGUUGUGGUACAAGCGCAGGCCUCAUUGGGUCAAGGCGGUCGAGCUGUGUCAGCGGCCGCACGAGUUCUCCAUUGUCAUGUGUCAUCUGCUGCGAUGCCUGCGUCCCACAUCGCUGCGAGACUCGUGGACACGCUCCAUCGGCAAUUUCUCCAUGCACCGCCGAUCGCAGCACGAGUGGGAACAACUGGAAGCAACGGCAAAGCGUAACGGUGGAAGCUUAGGAGGCGGUGGCACGUUACGAGAUCGUGCGGAAGCCGAAGGCCCGGCGUUUGCCGACAAGAAGGAAGCGGUGAACUACUCUAGCAUUCCGCUACGCCACCGCGUGUGGAAACAGCGCGGUGAGGAGUACCGUGUGUUUGGAGGUGGUUGGGAGUACGUCAGUGCGAGGAGGUCGGUUCGCGCCGCCACCACGUUGAAGUCCGUGUCGCUGCGCAGAGCCAAAGCUAAGCGCGUACACACGGCCAUUGAGCGUGGUCUCAAGUUCCUGGCCGCUGAUCUGGAUGGUGUGAAAUCUCAGCGGCGACGGCAACGGCUUGCGGAGACCUUCUACAACGAGUCGUACUUGAAACCCAAGGCGGAGAUUGAUGCGCUGAUUAAGGCUAAUACACUGCCCGGUGCUAAUGCAACCAGCACGGCCACAGCAUCAGCAAGCCCUCUACAAUCCCCAGCGCCUGUCGGUUCAGCAGCUGGCAACACCGCCGCGGCAAAGCUGGAAUUGCGACCCAACCUAAAGCUCUCGUUGAAUCCUGGCAGCACCAAGAGCGGAAAUCUCACUGUCGACUGCACGACUGUGAAUGCAGACACUGCUGGUGCUGGUGGCGAUGUUCGGAUGGACACCAGCAAACUCUCGCCGGCCUCAUUUGGAGGCAGUAAAUCAUCAUCACGUCAGUCUAGUCCUGGCCAUUCACCAUACGCCAGCCCAGCCACUUCACCCAUCAACACACCGCGUCUCGAGACAUCGUCGUUCUCAAAGACGAAGCGAUUGACUUCGCUCAGCUCACGCCAGCCACCGCCGCUAUCGCUGAUGAAGAAAUCCCUCGGCAAACCGGCCUCGGAUAGCACGCCACCGCCUCAAGCGCCCACGCUACCGCCUCAAAUGCCUACGCUACCUAAAGGCCUCGUCUUGCAAUCAUUUCCCUCUUACAAAACUAACAAUGCCGGAGAUGAUGGUACGGCCAAGUCCACGUCCUUGUCCUCCGGGGAUGGUGUGCCAGUGGCGUGUGCAGACCAGGUGAUAUCAGCCACAGCCACCGGAAUUUCUACGACUACUAGUGCUGCCAAUGCUGGAGAGUCGGUGACGGUGCCUGCACUUUCCGCUGCAUCAACGACAGACUCCACGCCCGUACCCUGCUGUGUAUCUGUGAGUACAUCAUCAUCUCAGUCAUCUGCAUCGCCAGCUAUACCGGUGGAGAUGGCGAUGGCGGUGGUGACGGAGGCGACAUCAUCAUCAGCGUCAGCAGCAGUGGUUCCAGUCUCAGCUGACACCAUCGUGUGCACUACUACAGGACCCAGUGCUGGCAGUGCUGCUAGUAGUGAGCUGUGCUUGCAGACCACUGCAGCAUGUAGUACUGCUACGUCCAUAGCAUCUCUUACAGCCACUGCUUUUACUCCAGCCAGUAGCAGCGAUAUUGCAUCAGCCAACACCAGCAGUCCCCCGGCCAGCGCGAGCACCGCAACAGCCAGCAGUAGUACGAGUCUUUCUUUAUCCACAUUGUCCCCAUUGUCCCCAUCUCAUGCAUUGUCCAGUAGUAGUCAGACCACAUUGCUAGCUACUGCUACAGGCACUGCUCUGGAUACUGUGCUUGCUGCUCUGCACACUGACAACAACCAGUCCAGCAACAUUGCCACAGUUACAGAUGUGCAUGGUAACUCUACCACCGCCACGGCCACGGCCAGUACAGCAGUGUGCACAGCCAGCGUCACCAGCAGCACCCCUACUGCUGUUAUUCCUGCUGCUGCUGCUGCUGCUGCUGCUGCUGCUGUGUCCACACUAGACACUGCAUUAGUAGCUCCGGGUUUUCUUCUACAAGAACAGCUACCACCAGUACUGACUGAAAGCACCACCGAUCAUCGCUUGCCAUCUUUCUCAGCUAGUUUUGCUCCGCUGGCACCGUCCCUAUCAUCGGCUGUGUCGCACCGCCAGCACCAGCAGCCACGAGAGCAGCGGGAGGAGGAUUCCACAGUUGAUCUGCCGCUCUGCAGGCAUGCUGCUGAUCCGUCUAUGCUGGCCGAGUCCGUUGCUCUCCUUGAGAAACACUCGUCAACCACGGCGGUCCUGGGCAGUGUCAUCGUUCCACCCGUCCCUACUGAUACCCUCCGAUCCAUUGGCCACACAUUGUCCACGGCAACGCUGACACCGUGUAACAGCGACAUCGUUGCUGUAGCAACUGGAGACGAUUCGCGACAAUCUGCCGCGGAGGAUAUUGCCCAGGCGUCGCAACUCGGCUGUGAGCCAUUGCCUACGGAUGUGCUAUCAGCUGGCCACACAUUACAGUGUGACGCAGCAUCAACGGAGCAGCAGCAGCAACAUCAGCUUCCAGUCAAUAGUGAUGCGCUGGAUAUGUCUAAUCUUGUAUCGUUGGCAGAGGUGGCUGCAGCCACAGCUGGGAACAACACUGCACUGGAGCAGAACCGGGCAGACAAACACUCUCUUGCCUCAGCCGCCCCAAUAAGUGCAGCGUCCGUCCUGAUUGCCACGGACAGCACAGCGCGCAGUCAGGUAUCGGCAGCUGCCCAGCACCAGGCUUCUUCGGCAUUGGACAGCGUUGAUUGUGUGCCUGCCAAGCAGAAUACCACCACCGGUAGCUCAGCCGACGGCACCCCAGCAGCCAGCGGCAGUGCUUCGCCAGCACCGUGCCCUAGUGAAGACCGCCAGCCAAGUGUUUCGGAUACUCCAGUGAUUGCGUUGCGGCAGCAGCAGGAGGAUAUGUCGUCAUCACCAUUGCUUGAUAAGUCCACUGUGACGUCAGCACCGGUGUCGACUGACAGUGUGUCAACGGACUGUAGCAGCAACACCAGUGGGGACAAUAGCGGUUCCAAUGGUUCCAGCUGCCCUGUUCAACAUAAUACUGACUCCAGUAGCGCAGUGCAAGGCAACAGUGUACAACCUGAACCAAUGGACAUAGAUGAGUCCACACCACACGCACUCCCAUCAUCUCCUUCUUGUAGCAGUGCAGCAGCAGCAGCAGCAGCAGCCGCAGUCAGUACUGACAGUGUUCCUGCAGUGGCAUUGGCGUCUUCAGGACCUCAACCAGUCCCCGCUGCCGUCCAGUCUGAUGCCAGUGUAGCGUGCAGCGCGGCAACUGUAGAUACUACCGGUGAGAGUACAUCAACGCAGACACCUACAUCCGCAGCUGGCCCGGCGACUAGUUCUCAUUCUAUCAAGGUGUUGUCCUCUAUCACUGAUAGCAUUGCUCUGACUACAGCCAGCUCUCUGUCUACAGUAGAUCAAUCAGCAACAGCACCAACAACAGGAGCAGUACCGCUGACAACAGAAGCAGCGGCAGUAACAGCAGCAGCAACAACAGCAGUAACAGCAGCAGCGGUGGAAGCCGCAAAUUGCCCUCCUCUGAGCAGCUUGGCUAGCGCUCAGAAGAGCACGGAAGCUGUAGAAGUUCCUAUGGAUACUAGCGACGACUUCUGUGUUCCAGGUGGUGAUGCUGUGGACGGAGGUGUUAUGUCGAUUGCAAAGAGAGCCACUGCAGCAGAAACAGCGGCACCUGCGCCAGGAGUUGUUGAUACGGCAAGACCAGCAGAAACAGCAGUGGCAGCACCAACGUCAGGAAUUGUGGGUACAGCAGGACCAGCAGAAGCAGCAGCAGUGGCAGCACCGCAGCCACCUGUUGUUGAUACAGCAUUACCAGCAGAAGCAACAUUGACAAUGCCCACACCAACUCCCACAUGUCUACUUGGUGGUAUGUCUGCCACUGAAACACUACCAUCGUGUUCUGCCACGACAUCCACUUCAUCUAGCACACCAACAACAACGAUGGCCGCAGUUGUAACAUCACACAUGACUGCAGAGACAACAACCUCCUCUGCAGUAACAACAGCCUCCUCUGCAGUAACAGCAGCCUCCUCUGCAGUAACAACAGCCUCCUCUGCAGUAACAACAGCAGCAGCAGCAGCGGCAGCCAGUCUAACACCAAUAACAACAACUGCAGCCGUUGUGAAUACUAGCACAGGGCCCACGCCAACACCAACAGCAGCCACCGUCGCAGCAGCAGCAGCAGCAGCAGGUCUAACAACAUCAGAGAACGACACUUUACAGGAUGAGCCAAUGGCUGUGGUAACCAGCGACGACGGCCAAUCAGCUCAUCGACACAUAUCCGCUGGUAACAUUGCCGUUUCUUAUGCACAGUUCAAGAAACAGCUCGGUUCCACCACGACAUCCUCUUCCUGUCCGCUGUUAUCUACACCAGCUAGCAGUACCAGCAUGACCAGUGUGCCUAUGACAGGACUUACCAGUGUAUCGACCACCGGCAACCCUCUAGCCCUUGCAGCCGUUCAAACAUCAUCAGCUAGUCCAACAUGUGCAGCCUCCAUGCUAUUGUCGUUGUCGUCUUCUUCGUCCACACCCGUUUUAAAUGCUGCACCCGAUGUCGUGUCAUCGUCGUCGUCCGCACAGAGCGGCACAAGUGCUCUGUCAUUGGUUGUGAGUACUGCUGGUAACCAUGACUCCUCGUCAUCAGCAUCCAUGUCACCAUCUGUCGCCGCCGCUCACUCUCAAGUCAUCUCGUCGGCCAUCCAACGCCUCAACGAGUCCAAGCAGCUGAAAACCGCUACGCCGCAGUCGCCAUCUCCGUCCGAUGUUCACACCCAGCGUAGCCGGCUUGACUUGUCCGUGACUACGUCACCAAAGCUACCGUUGUCGUUGCCUGCCCUGGCGAGAACACCCAAUAUCCUCUCUCCGAAGUCAGGAUCGGCGGCGUCAUCCACUGCGGUGACUCCUUCUGGCAGCGGCACGCCGACCAAGCCACGCAUAUCCCGUCUGCCGGCAACUAACAGACGUGUUAGCGCUGCCGGUGUUAGUAGCGGCAGUAGCGUCGCACGACCUCUAUCCCAGGCUGCCGUCUCGCCGGGCUUCUCGGCGCAAACGCCGACGCGAUUCCUCUCCUCGUCCGCCAUGCGUCAGAAGAUGACGGAGAUAUCGGCGCGCUGGCAACGUACCGGAUCGGCGGCCUCGCCGUACACGCUAAUAAGCCGUCAGACGCUACGCAGACUGGCACGGCGAGGCGGGCAGAUGGAGGUUAGCGUGGACUUUGUGUCCAGCAAGGGUGCCAACGCGGCCGGCAGCAGCCUGCGUCCGUUCCUGGCGCCGCGCCCCGCGUUCAACGUCAUGUGGACGUUCCACACGCAGUCGCUGACCUCGCUGAACGGCGUGGCGCUGCAGCUGCGCCUGCUGUACGCCUCGCUGCGCUGGGAGACGCUGCUGAGUCGCGUAGUGCGCGGUCCGCCCAUGCAGAUCACCACUCGUCCCGACGGCACCACCAUCACCAAGGAGAUCGCCGCUCGGCGUGACUGCGACGUGCUCGGUCUGAUCUCAGAGUAUCUGCUUGUGGUGAGCGUGAAGCACGCACCUGGCAUGCGUCACUACGACCACACGCCAGUAGCAUCACCCUUAGCAGCAGCAGCCGUGUCUAAGCCGCGCAGUAACCGUGCCAGCAAGUCCGCCGCCAAGGAGGUGCUGGCCAACAUUGCCGCGGAAGAGGACGGUCGCUUUGGCAACGACGAAGAAGACGACGAUUUUGACGACGGGUACGGUCCGGGUUUGAGUACCAGCGCGAAGUGGUUGAAUCAGUCACGUCUCUCGUUGACGCUGCUGCGCCAGUUCUGCGACCUGUACGAGCGACGUCGUUUGCAGCAGCAACAGGAAGAGGCAGCGGCUGCUCGUCUUGAGGAGCAACGGCAACGACAGGCCGCCGUGGAGGCAGCUCAGCGUCGAGAGCGUGAGCAGGAACUGAUUCGUCAGAGUCAAGUCCGUCUGCAGGAAAAACUACGUCUGCAGGAGCAGCAACGGCAGUUGGCCCUGCGCAAACAGCAGCAAGCUGAGCUGCAGCGCAAGCAGCAGCAAAUGAGAGCGGCUAAGAAAGCACAGGACUCGGCGCGUCUGCUCCUCGCCAAGAAUGCACAGCUAGCUGGACUAACUACCCCGCUACCAUCUGCGUCGUCAUCGGCAACGAUAGCCAUGACAUCAUUGGUUACGUCAUCAUCAUCAUCAUCACCACCAGUGCCUGUGAACACCAUUAGCAGUAGUAGCAGCAGUAGUGGCAGUAUGGGUAUACCGAUGGCUAGUCCCAUACAGACAUCAUCAGCACAGCGUAUGUACCUGUUACAAGUCGCAGGACAGCCACAGCCUAUGCUGGCUUACCUGCCAGAGAAUGCUACCAGAGCAGCUAUCCAAGUGCCCGGACGCUCGUCACCAACCAUAGUGGACAUACCCAGCUCAGUGGCAGCAGGCGCGGCGGCUGUGGCAGCCGCUGCAGGAGCACUACACUCGCCAGUAUUGCCUGCACACCUGCCAACGUCGUCACCAGCAGCACCACCGCCACCAGCACCAGUGCCCGCACCACCAGCUGCUGCGGCAGCGGUUGCAUCACCAGUGAAGUCUCGUUCUGGCAGUGACAGUCGUCGCGGCCAGCAGCAACAACUCAAACUGACUGAGGACUUUGCCAAGAACCUGUUACAACAGCAGAUUACUCGCCUUCGCGAACAGCAGCAGCGUAACGAAGACGAAGCCAAGAGCAUCACCGCUCUGGAGUUGCAGCAGUUGCAGACGCCUCUGAGCAGAGAGCAGCUACACGCGCAUGGACAGCGCGUGCAUGCUCACAAGCAACGCCUUGUUUCCACCGCUCAGCAGCAGCAGCGCUUGCUGGACCUGCAACAAUUCCUCUCCACUCAGUUCCAACAGACCAGCGUUGGGUUAAGUGAAGCUUUAAACGUGCCCGUAACAUCGCCAUCUUCCUCUGCACUGCCGCUAGCUGUUGGCGAGCCGCAGAAGGUUACUGGAGCGAUGGCUGCAGCUGGUACCGGUGUGACAUCAGUCUCUGCGUGUAGUACCGUUACUACAACGUCCACAGCACGCUCCACUCCAUCCACCGGCUUGACUACAUCUGACUCCAGUACUCGACAGCAACCAGUUGCUGCAUCCGCCACCGCUGGUGCUGCUAGUGGUGGUGGUGGUGGUCGCUCUCGUCAAUCAUCUCGUGCAGAUCGCUCGGCACCAGGGGCGUGGAGUAUUGAUCGCAUACCGAACGAGAUCAAUCGUCUCCGAGCUUUCAAAUAUCUUCUGUUCGUCAUCACGUCGCACACACGCAGUGUAGCCUCACUGGUGGAUGCUGCAUUCCACAUAGGGAAAGGCCAGCAUUGCGUCGUGGUGUGCAUUGAGGACAUUCCGCAGGACUGCAUAAUCGAGGGUGAGAGACUCAACAAAGUAGCGGUGAAGGAUUACAACCGUGGCCGUGCCUAUCUCCGCGACCUGUGCAGAGUCAUGAACGUACCUAUGUAUACCAGUAUACUGCAGGCGGUCAAGAGCUGCGUCAGCCUUGUAAGCAACGGAUAUCCCACACUGGAUACUGAUGACGAUGAGCGAGACGAUGACGUCACAGGCAGCAAUAAUGACGUAAUGACUACCACAUCGGGAGGCUUUCAUCGAAGGAAGGCCAGCCUAGAUGCGCAAUUUCUUGUACCAAGACAAUCAGCUGAUGGCAAGAUCACGUCAUUUGCUGCCAGUAACUACUUUGCCUGAGAAACGAAAAAUCAAGAAACAUGGACAUCAGCGUCGCAUGUUAAAUUAACUGCCUACCACUAGCGCUGCAUUAUAAGUUCUUGAUCCUGUUGCCAUGUGAAACAAUAAUAUACAUUGCUAUUGCUUCCGUUUGCUUUGGUUUCUGGUUAUUUCUGCAUCAGUUUUACAUUGCCUUUGAUGUGAUAUGCAUUGUUUUGGACUUGGUGAUGUAACAUCCACGCUUUGUCUCAUUAUGAUCAAAAUUAAAUAAUAUAUAU